UCUCGUGGUGAAUUCAGUAAAUUCGGCUUUGUCAAAUAUGGAUGAAGUUAAGCAGGGUGACCCGGCUCUAUUUGAACUGUCAGAAGCUGCCCAGGUGGAAUUAGUGAACCAGUGUGAGCAGCAAUUUGCUCAGCUUGAAAAGCUUCAAACUGAGAUCAUAUUACGUCAGCCAGACCACUGCGAAAAUACUCAAGAGCAGUCAUUUAAUCGGCUGUUAGCAACAGAAGCGGAACUGAAGCAGUGGCUUACAGUGGAACCGAGAUUGCUGGCAGAAAACGCUGAAGUGUUACUUAAAGCUGGAAAGGAGGAGAUGCUCAAGCUAUGCUCCGAACUUGAGAUGGUUCUCUCUUGCUAUGAAGCAAAGAGAGACAAACUGCGAGAAACUAAAGAACUUGAACAGAAGUGGUUGGAGGAGAAAGGACAAGUGCUAAACGCUGCCACUGAGCAUGCUCAGCGGCUAAAAGAACAAAGUGAGAAAUUAUCAGAGCACAACAUUCUGAUGGACACCAAGGAGAAGAUCCAUAAAAUGAAAGUCUAUCAGGGAAGGCUGUUCGAGUCUCUGGGAGACAUUCUAGAAAAACAUGUUCCUCCUCCUUGCACUCACCUCAACUCAAACAAGAAGAAGAAUAUUCCAAAUGAUCUAAAUGAAGACUUGCUUUCCCUCCAUGAAGUUCUGGAGCUGCUCAUGAACAAGGUCCUGAGCACGCCACACGACCCUUAUGUGACAAUAGACUCAACUUUCUGGCCACCGUAUGUCGAGAUGCUGCUGCGCCAUGGUAUCGCUGUAAGACAUCAGGAGGAUAACUUCAAGAUUCGCCUGGAAACAUUUUUCUGAAACUGUGGUGUAUUCGUCAUUAUACUAAUGCUAGCAUGCCUGCCAUACCAUCGGCUUUUCCUAGUCCUUUAUUUUUUUUAGGUUAGUGUUGCUUUUGUGAAGAUUAAUGAUGCACAGAAGCAGUUAGCUUAAUGUUUUCCUGCAGGUUUACUGCAUAUACUCAUAUGCCAAAAUGCCUUCAGUGGUACACCUGCACGAUCUAUUGGGAUCCAAUGCAAGCGUGUUCUUCAGAAAUAACACUGCGUACAAGUUUUAAUUGACAUUUUGAGCAGAAUAAUGUGCAUCCAGACUUUAACAAAAUAAUACUGAUUAUGGAUGUUUUUGGAUAGCAUGUAACCAUAAUUAAUAGCGCCAGUUCUAGGUGUAAGAUGACUUUUACACCACUGCAAACUACAGACAUAAUAAAGAACCAUGGUACCUUGACUUACGAGCUUAAACUGUUCUGUGACCAAGUUUGUUACUCAAUUUACUCGUAUAUGAAAUCAGUUUUCCCCAUUAGAAUGAAUUGAAAUGCCAAUAAUCCGUUACAGACCCCCCCCAAACACCACCAUUUGUUUUGCUUUGUUUUUAAUAAAUAGUGAGGUCGUCAGCUCUAACUCCAUUUUAGGUUGACCAUUUACCAUGAAGUCAGUUCCCCGUUGAUGGCUUCAACAUACUCCUUGCAAGUGCUUUCAUUUUAUAUUUGUCUUUUUGCCCAUUUGACACGUUGAAUAAAUGUCUGAGAGUGCAUCCGUGACUGUUCUCCUUUUUAUUUUUCACUCCACUCGAACAGCGGAAUAUCUAAAACUAAUUCUUACUUUUGGCUUGAAAGACCAGUCACAAAAAUCGACAAAGUGACGGCUCGUAACCCGAAAAACUUACGGCACUCGGAAGUCAAGGUACUGCUCUAGUUACAGCUUUUGUAUUUGAUAUUAGAGUAUGAAGGUGUACCUAAUGGAGUGUCUAGUGAUCCAACUGUAAUGCUUGUCGUGUACAGUACAACGUUGUUUUCAGUUUACCACCAUACACGUAUUUUGUAAAAGUUAUAAUUAGUUCUGAAAGCAUG